CUGGCUUUGUCCUGAACAGCCCAUCGGAAUGGGAAACAAUAAAGGCUACAGAGCAGAUGGUAAGGUGUAGCUCUCAAGAUCCUGCAGCCUUCUGAAGAGCAGUAGCUGGAUGUUUUACUCCUCAGCUGUUACUGGGAUGUGAACAUCCAUUUCUGGGUGUCUGGAUGGUCACACCAUUCCCUUCUCCCUGCAUCUUCCACUGAAAGAUGCAGGCAGCUACAAACUAAUGAGUUUUACGGGUUCUGACCUUUACCUUUGAUGCUCUGUGAUAUAUUUCAGUCUUCUCUACUCGGGUGUAAAGCUUUUCUGGGGUGGGAGUGAAUACUUGUAACUUCUCGUGCCUGCAUACACGCUCUUCUGUGUUUGCAAGAGAGAUUGAAAGAGCUCCAGGCUGUAUGGGAGACAGAGAAAAAUAAUAACAAAAAAAUUACAUUUGAAGUGUGGGACUUAGUGUGAUUCAAAUUUCUGGCAGGUGGUACUACUGGCUGUGGCAUUCCUUGCUGUGAACAGUGGCCAACCACUUCUUCUUGGAGGGCUACUAAGCUGUGGUUUUAACAGAUUCUUAAGAAGACAGUGUCUUAAGAAUUUGAACUGUGUUAAUGCAUCUAAUAUCAGAAUCUUCUGCUUAGAACAGGCAACUUUCAGGACUCCUCCAUGGCUGUGAUCUGCACGUCCCUGCACCUUUUCCCACCUUCCCUUUUUCCCCCUUGCCGCCAUGGCAUGGCUUCACUAGUGCUAGAAUAGAUCAUUCCUGUCAGCCUCCCGUUCAUCACCUCUGUGUGUUUUGCUCCUAGCUGCAGGUAACCUUUGGUAGAUGGCUUCUGUGUGUGGCCUAGGAGUAUUUUUAGCUCUAGGCUUUGCUUGUCUCAGACUGUGGCACACUGAUCCAUUGUUAGAGCGUGGCUUUCAUCUCCUCUCUGGGAGGGACCAGUUAUGACUGAUAGUUGCUUCUUUGCCUUUUCAAACAUCACUCCUUUCCUUGUAUCUUUUUUCCUUCUGGCAAACACUUCCCUCUUUUGGAGCUCAAGCCAGCAUAGCUCUGCAAAGCUCUCUCCAAGCUUCUAACAAGGAGAGCCAUGGAUAAAAGUGAGUUGGUACAGAAGGCCAAACUGGCCGAGCAGGCCGAGCGUUACGAUGACAUGGCUGCUGCUAUGAAGGCUGUCACCGAGCAGGGACAUGAACUGUCCAACGAGGAGAGGAACCUCCUCUCCGUGGCCUACAAGAACGUGGUCGGUGCCCGGCGCUCGUCCUGGCGUGUGAUUUCCAGCAUCGAACAGAAAACAGAGAGGAACGAGAAGAAACAGCAGAUGGGAAGAGAAUAUCGUGAGAAAAUCGAGGCUGAAUUGCAGGAUAUCUGCAAUGAUGUUCUGGAACUCCUGGAUAAAUACCUUAUUGUCAAUGCCACGCAGCCAGAAAGCAAGGUCUUCUAUUUGAAAAUGAAAGGUGAUUACUACAGAUACCUCUCAGAGGUGGCGUCUGGGGACAAUAAGCAAACAACGGUAGCAAACUCUCAGCAAGCUUACCAGGAGGCAUUUGAAAUUAGCAAGAAAGAGAUGCAGCCAACACACCCCAUUCGACUCGGUUUGGCUUUAAAUUUCUCUGUGUUCUACUAUGAGAUACUAAAUUCUCCUGAAAAAGCCUGUAAUCUGGCAAAGACGGCGUUUGAUGAAGCGAUAGCAGAGCUGGACACGCUGAAUGAAGAGUCUUACAAAGACAGCACUCUGAUCAUGCAGCUGCUUAGGGACAACCUCACUCUAUGGACGUCGGAAAACCAGGGAGACGAAGGGGACGCUGGGGAGGGAGAGAACUAAUGGCUGUCACGCUUCACUCUAUGUUCAAUGUCACCCUGUAUCCUACACAUAAUCCCUUUGUGCGACGAGCAAAAAGAAUAGUACAUCGACUUUCACAACCUCAACGUAGCAAAAAACUGUCUGUGGGGUAAAAGCGGUUGGUUGGUGUUCUGUGUACCUAGAGCGGAGGUCGGUUAUUCCAGUGGCAUUCCGAGCUUUCCCAUGAUGAACACUUUAACGGCUCCGAUUACCGUGUCUGUAUUUUUGAACUGAGCACUGUGAUAACGGGUUUCGUGAUCGCGACUGACCUUGCAAAACUCCCGUUGGUAGGACGGUAGACAUCAAUUAUGUAACUCUGGCAAGCUUAAUCUGGCACCAAAAACAGUCGAAGUACAAUUCUGUUGUAAAGUUGUACAGAAAGUUAUAGAGAUUCUAUUGUGACACUGGGGCAUGGAAGGAACCAAUCCGAUGUACGGCAUUCCAGUUAGGGACACUGCUAUGAGGUAGCUGAACAGGCACACUCUGUAGACAUUUGUAACCGAGUCUGAGGCACCGCUUUCAGUCAAAAGCUCACUUUGUCAAUCCUGUCUUUCUGGGGAUGGGGUUUGUUUUGGGGAGGAGGGUAAAGGGGGAGUUAGCAGCUUGAUUUCCAAACUCUUUACACUGGCAGAUAACUGGGAUUUGACUUCUAAAAGUGCUUUCAUUCUCAUACGACAUGCAUGACUAAGCCCCUUCCCACAGCAAUAACUUACCUAGUUACUACACCUUAGAUAUUCUUCAGUAGUGAGAAUUCUUGGUUCACUGCCAUGGACUUGCAAUAGGAAAAGAUUCAAUUUUUUGAAUGGCCUUAUUAGUUUGGAUGAUACCAUGAAGUGAUCUGCCACUUUAGCAUUACUUUACUCUUAGGUGAGUCAAAAUCUCCAUGGUAUUCCCACUUGGAAUUUAUCCUGAAAACCUCUUAAGUAAUCCACUGAGCCAUCUUUAAGUUCACUUUACAGAAAUUUUUCUCCCAUUGGACUCUGUUCAUCCUUGACCCUCUCACCUGUUUGAACUCCAUUAAAGCAAUUUUGGACUCCCACACAUGCGUCAUCCUUUCUUUGGUUGUGGGUGAUGUCAGGAUGGUGGCUGAGGCCUGAGCCUCACCGAGGACAGGUUUCUUCCUUGGAUGUUUGAGAGCUGCCAGUGCUGUUGCAGCCUUCAGCUCCUGCCUGCCAUUCCUUGGUAGUACCAGGACCUGGCUCAAAUAUUCAGGCUUUCCCAUCUCGUGCUGGAAUGCAGACCUACACAUCUGUAACGCUUGUACCUUGUAAUAUUUGAGCUCCAAACGUCCUCACCUAGCCAUGUUUCAAACAUGUCCCAUCAAAUAAAACCUCAUGAGAGUUGCGUGAAUAAUGCAGUGGAAAAGAUUAGGAAUAGUCACCUGUCAGUCCCGCGGUAUCAUCCCCUGCCUUCACAUUCCACUUAGGUAUAGGAUCCAUCUGUUUGUCCAUCUGUCUGCUGAAGAGAAUUUCAUGCACUGAUUUUAAAACUCCCCUCUACUAGCUGAACAAAUUGUGCAGUUAAUACUUGGCGCUUGAUAAAUGCAGUAGUGAAUGUGGAACCGAGCCUGUCUGUAUAUCUGGUAGCUCUUUUCGCUUUGUUUUUACUGACCAGUAUUCUGCCUAAAGUUUGCUUCUGUGACGGUUAUAUUGCCUAGCACACACGUGGUUGUGAGAAUAGUAUAGCAAAAAAAGAAAUACCUGGUUAUUGAUGUACUAGAUUUGUGUAUGUCUUUUAAACAGUUCUAGUUUCACCUUACACAAAAUAAUCAGGAAAGUGUAAAAGAAUUCAAAAGUGGAUAAUAAAAAAAAAUUUUAUCA